GAAAUUUUGUUAUCAUUAAAUUGUAUUUACACAACAGUUAGACUGUUAGAGAUAGAAAGUGGUUUAAUGUCUUGUGGUUCCUUCGUUCACAGAAAUUGUAUGUGAUGGCUAACCCGUUAAUGGUCGUUGCUAUUGAUUUUGGAACAACAUACUCUGGGUACGCUUUUUCGACAAGAUCCGACUUCUUCCGAGAGCCUCUGAAAAUCCACGCCAACCAAGCUUGGAAUUCUGGGAAAAAACAACUUCUUUCUUUGAAAACCCCAACAUGUCUUUUAUUGGGAAAGAACAAAGAAACUGUGGCAUUUGGAUACGAAGCUGAAGAUGCGUACGCAGAGCUUGUCCUUGACAACAAGCAUAAAAAUUAUUACUACUUUGACAAAUUUAAAAUGAGGCUUUAUGAAAAUAAGGAUGUGAAUUGUGACAUGGAAAUAGCUGAUAUUGUUGGCAAGAAUAUGUUGGCCACAGAAGUUUUUGGAAAAUCUAUAAAAGCUCUUUCCGACCAUUUUGUAGACUUGCUGAAAACUGAAGGGAUAUCCAUUGAAUGGUCAGAAAUUCGAUGGGUUCUCACUGUACCUGCUAUCUGGUCGGAUAAAGCAAAACAAUUUAUGAGAACGAGUGCCGAGGUGGCAGAUAUACAAGGUGAUAACUUAUUAAUUGCUCUUGAGCCGGAAGCUGCUUCUAUUCACUGCCAGUAUUUACCGAAAGAGAAAUUGACAGGGAAAGACAACUCUGUAAACCUCGGUGAUGAUGGGGUGAUAUACAUGAUUGUCGAUCUCGGAGGGGGCACUGCAGAUUUGACAGUUCAUGAGAAACACAAAGAUGGAAGUAUAAAGGAACUCUGCCGUGCAAAUGGCGAAGAUUGUGGUGGAACUUCCGUUGAUGCCGCGUUUAUCAGGUUGUUUGACAAAAUCGUAGGGUUUGCAAUGAUCAACAAACUUAAAAAGGAAGACCCUUCAUCAUAUCUGGAUCUUAUCCGAGAAUUUGAAACAGUAAAACGGAAAAUCGACUCUUCUUCAAUUGGGAAAGUAAACUUUUGUAUACCACUCUCUACCAUAAACUCAAUUUGUAAAAAGCAGAAGAGGUGUGAGUUAGAAGAACUUAUCCAGAAGUCCUCGUUCAGAAACAAAAUUCUUAUCAGAGGGGACAAAAUCAGAAUUGACGCCGACCUAAUAAAAUCAUUAUUUAUAAAACCAAUCGAAAAAAUCACAGCUUUAGUGAAAGAGAUGAACACACAAUUGCAGACGACUGACAUACCUUUGAUUGUUAUGGUCGGGGGAUUUUCUGAAUGCAAGCUUAUUCAGAGUGCAUUGAAACAAGCAUUUCCAGAGAAAAGAGUUAUUGUUCCUGAAGAUUCCGGAAUAUCGGUGCUGAAAGGAGCUGUUUUGUAUGGGCAUCACCCAGAGUUCAUAGCGAGUCGUGUCAUCCGGUAUUCUUACGGAACAGAUUCAUAUGUAGAUUUCGAUCCAUAUGUUCAUGACCUAGCUCGGAAAGAAAUUAUGCAAGGGAAAGAAAAAUGUGAAGUUUUUGACUUUAUUAUACAUCAGCAUACGCAGGCCGUGAUAGGUUCUGAAAUUCAGAGAACAUACUUUACUAUGUAUCCGUUUCAAACUGCAAUGCCAAUAACGCUGUAUGUCAGCAGCAAAGAAAACCCAAAAUACGUAGACGAGGAGGGGUGUUCCAAGUUCGGCGAAGUCGUAGUAGAUAUACCACAGCCUUCUGAGGAAAACCGCACUGUGAUAGUAAAUUAUAAUUUUGGCAAGACGGAAUUGACCGUAUCUGCUCGCGAGGUAAAAUUUGGAUCUUCAUGCAGAACACGCAUUAAACUUUUGUGAAAAAGGAAAAAUAAUAAACUGUCAAUUAAUUUCAAAAAUCGAAUUUGAUCUCCUCCAGUCAAUUGUAUUGCUAUUCAUGAAUAUAAUUUAUUUUCAAAUCCAAUUAUAAAGGAGGCGAGCGGUCUUGAAAAUAUGUAAUAAAAAAAAAUUUAAAUGCAGUAUCCCAAAGAUUUAACAAAAACAACUAUUUUUUCAAUAGGUAAUUCAAUAAAAUCAUCGUGAUUGCCAUAUUAAAGGAACAAUAUUUUUCAUAUGCAUAGAACCAGUAAACGCAGGGCUUACCAGAUCGCACUAGUAACAGUAUUUGCAUGCAAUACUGUUUAAUAAGGUAGUGCAACCCAAGAAUAAUAUAACACAAACCGCGAGUUUAUCUAUGUACGAAGUAUUCUAGUUUUAAUGGAUGGUUAGAUGUACAAAUGUAUGCUUCACGUCCAGCGGAAAAUAGUUCAUGCAUAUUCAGAACGAUUACAUCCUAAUGAGAUAUAAAUAUGCCUUGCUUUGGUCUAAACCGACAUGCUGAGCUGAAUAUGUCUGUGCUGUAGCCCACAGGUUCGCAGAAAGACAUAUCACUUUGUUUCUGUUCUGACUUUGAGCCAUCUAGCAUUUGCUCAUACUCCUAUAUGACACGUGCUUGGAUGAUAAGUAGAUUUAGUUGAUCAAAUAAUCAGUUUAUUGGUAUACAUUCAGAUCACGAAUGCACAAACUAAGGGGAUCAUUCAAUUUACUAUAAAGA